AUGCUGCUUCGUCCUCCUGGAACGGCCCUCUUUAAAUUCGUCCUUCCCAAUAGUGAUGAGGUUGUAUGUGAAGCCCUUCCCAAGAUUGGAACCGAGAAAGAGGAGGAAAUACAGAAUAUUAUUCACUUCAAAUGGGAUGCACCAAUAACAGAGGAUCCUCAGUGUGUGUUUGAUAAGACAAGUACAGAUGUUAGCAGUGCAGAUGAUGAAGGACCCACAGAUCCUCGAUUUAAAGAAGAUUGGGGAAAGUUGAAGUUGUCUUGGUUAAUCGAGGAAGAUGAGGUUAACGUGAAGGAUGUCCUUAUCGAGUUCUAUGAAGUCCUUAUUGACCUCUUUGACUCAUAUGCCUUCCUGGGAAUACCAAGUGAGGAGGAGAGUGUGACAAUAUGA